AAAAAGUAACUAUGACUUUAUUGUGACUGUUUUAUAUUAAAAUUUGUGUAAUGCGAUUUUUUUUCUAAAUUGCUGUAGAUUUUGAAAUUUUUGAACCUUAGAAUAACCAACGACCUAAGAUUAUAAUAUUUGUUUCAAUCAUAAAUAAUUGUAUUGUUUUACUGUCGAAUACACGAUGGUUUAUGAGAAGUAUGGCCCGGAGUCGAGUGUUGAGGAGCGCACCCAGCGUCGUCUGGAGAUCGUGUUCGCGCGGCAAGUGCGCGAGAAACAGACGUUUAUGGACGAUCUCAAACAAUACAGGAAACAAAGGGAUAGGCAAAUAUUCAGAAGUAUUAAAAGGGAAGUAGGACCGACCUGGUAUCACGCACUCAGCGUACCUCAAAGAGACGCCUUAGAUACGUUAGAAGCUGGCAUUUACCAAGACCUACUAGAAGGGAGGCCAGUGAGAACUUCUCGCAUUCUGAAAAUAAUUGGCAUUUUACCUCGGCCUACGGCGAAUGAUCUCAUGACUUGUGUUUACAUGGGACGCCAUGAUCCAAAAGAAAUGUUCGCAUAUCUUUUUCUUUUAACUUAUGGUCACUCCAUUGACGGAAAAAAAUUUUCUUAUGAGCUAACUGCUAAACUUAUGCUAUCGAGUAUACUGUAUUUAGGAUUAAAUAAUUUGAUCUCUUUGCUACGGGCGAGAUUUCGUCCAGUGGUUAAAGAGAAACCAAAGCCUGUUAAGCCAAAAAAGAAACCCCAAGAAACUUUAGCGUCUCCAUAUUUACAAAAAAUGGUUGCGGUACUUUACGAGCCACCAAGGCGGAAACCCUCCCGCCCCGCGCCUCUACCUAACUUAGAUGACCUUAACGAGCCGUUUGAAGAAGAACCACCUAUACCGAAGCCUCCAGCUCUUCCUGCUCCACCACCACCGCCGCCCAAGAGGUUGCCACGGUCUUAUUGCGAUAAACUUGCAGGUUUUUCUCGUAUAGAACCAUAUUCAUCAGUCACAGCUACGACGACGUUGAAAACUAUUACACAAUCAAAAAGCAAGCUGCGUGGAUCAAAAUUAUCUCUUACUGAAGUGAAAAAAAGUUAUGGAAUGGGUAUGGCAGGUAAUAAAAAGGGUGGUCGAAGAAAAAAACCUGUUGCACCAAGUACUGGCAUGUGGAAUGCUCAGUACACUAUCAGCGGUGUCUCUUAUAUACACGGUAAAUCAGUGUUUAUACUAAGUACAGUUUCAAUACUACCCUCUCUCGGAUAUUUAAUUCACGGCGGGUACAGAUAUUUAAAUGGAGAAUACAUUAAUAUACACUGUGGGUUCUGCGCUAAACCGCCUCCGCCAAAACCUGACCCUUGCGAUUGUCUUAAGAAAUGGAACAACUCUGUCAUUGAAUAUGUUAAAAAUACGAAAUGCUAUUGCGAUCAUAAUUUCGAUUAUGGAAAUGAAGGCACUUUUCCACCAGAAGAAUUGCCAUAUUUUCAGAAACCUACUCGUCAUAUUCCAUAUCAAUUUAAUUACCAAACUAUAUUCAACACACACGAUAAACAACUUUUUGUGGAAAAAGAAUUUAAAAAAGUUUGGGAUACUGAAAGUUUGCUGCAUGUGAACGAUGAUACAGUAGCAGAUAAAAAGGUUAAAAAGACAAAGAAAGCAAAAAGAUCAUCGACUACUUGCUUGGGAGAAAAUCCCAAGCCUGAAGACUAUUUAAGAUGUGCAUUAAGACUAAUGAGGCGCGUCAAUGUAGCAGCCCGUUUACCAGAUAUACACUUAGCUCCAGAGUUGAGAGAAUGGAUGCGAAAACGCAUCUACGGUCCAUAUACUCAAUCAGAAAGACAGGAAAAGAUACGGACAAGCAGCGUAUACUGGCAGUUGCUCGAUGCUAUGGCUACAAAAGGAUUUGGGCACAUUUCACCGCCCCAAGAUCCUCGGUAUGCAGGACAUACAAACUGGUCAUUUAAACAAAAAUUAAAUGAAAAGUUUAGAUUGUUCAUGAAACGAUACCGACUGGCUUUGUUUAGAUCUCAAGCUAAAUUAUCAAAUUUAAUGUGGGCUACGAUGUUCCAAGCUGCCUUUCCAGACAAAAAAUUUAGGGAAAUAUUUUUCUCGUAUUUAUAUGCGCGUAUGGAAGAUUUGAUGCUUAUGCAUCCAUACUCGAGGAGAGAAGCACAAGAGAGAAAAGAUGUCCUGCGAAAUAAUCGCUAUUGUUGCAUUCCUGAUGGCAUAGAACCGGACGAAGGAUAAAAUUAAUACGAGACAUAACUCAAUGUUUUCAUGAUUUGAUAUGAUGACGAUUAAAUAUUAUGAUGAUGAUUAAAUAUUAUCGACUAUCGUAUGCUGUUGUAGGUCUUUGCAUUUUUUAAGGUUUUACUAUCUUAAGGGAUUCGUAGCCGAACGGCUAAAAACACGGGGGCUAAAUCCAUACAUAGAACUGUAAUUAACUGGCAGGGCCUAGUGGAAUAGCUCAUCGUAGAGCUCGUACAGGAUGUCUUUAUAGAUAGGUCUUUAAAAUGGUUAAACCCAUUUUUUAAAAGUAAAUAACUAGAAAGAUCCAAGGUGGUGUGAAAUAUGUGUCCGUUUGUGAAAAAUCUACUGAUAAUUUAGAUUCUUACUACAAAAUUUGGUCAAAAUGAAACAAUGUUCCGCGUACAUGUACAUAACAGAUCUAUUUGAUAUCGGACCUUUACGGAUAUAUAAUGUUCGCUAUACAUUGUUGCGAAACAGUUCGCUGAUAUUGAUGGAUUCGGCAUACAUUGCUGGUUUUUCGUUGCGGUAAAUAAAGGCCUCAAACAAACUACCGCUUACGCUGUUGCGAUGUCGAUGAUAGUGUGUGCUGUCAUAAGAGAUAACGGAACGUACGAGAGGUUCCAUUCAUUGAUUUGUAGAAAAUAAAACUAAAAAAUACAUAAGUCCAUAAUUUAAUGUGAUAAGUAUAACAUUAUACCUACGCGAGUAUAUUUACAUUUUCACGGUAACAACUAAGUUGUUGUGAAUUGCAGAAAAAAAGAUUUCGAUUCGUCCAAUCAUUAAACAUCUUUACAUUGCCAUACAAAUCCUCUAUAAUACUCCACAGGUAUUAAAAAUAUUGUAUUCAUACCACAUAUACUGUUUUAAAGACUAAGAAUAUUAUUAUACAAGUCUUACUUAUUAUUACAUAAAAUUAUAACAUUUUAUUUUAAAAUACAACACUAAAGGCUACAGUUGUAGUGGUUUUGAGUAUUCCACUACAACUCUAGACUAUGGGAUAUUCAAUUGUCUUUGGUAUUAUUGCUACAGAAAACAAACAUGACGCGAACAAUCAAACCGUUAAUUAUAUUAUUAUACGAAUACUGAUACAAAACGGAACAUUAAUGUAAUUUAAAGCAUUUUUAAUAUUUAAACUAAUGAAACAAAGUAACAAAGUUAAAGAUAAAUGGCAAAACAAUUGUGAUUCUGUUUACAAUGUUAAAAUUAAUAUAAAACCUCACCAAUCAAUAACCUUUCAUUAGAAACAUUUAAAUAACUAAUGCAAAUAUUUGCAAAUCUUUGUCCUGACGAGUGUUUGUUUUGAUUAUAUUAUUGUAUAUUUUAAGGAGACUUUCAAAGUUUAAAUAAAUACAUGAAACAAAACAAAGUACAUAUUUUUACGUGAACAUAUAUAAAACAAUG